AUGUCUGCUGAAAGCCAAGGGCACAAAGGAAAUUCUGGGGUUGAAGUGUCCUCGAUUCCAGCAGAUGGGUCAACAAACGAGAACUCGACACUGGUCACAGUCCCUCUAUCUUUCAAACUUGCCUCUAUUCUGCUCGUCUCAGCAAUUGGAUUCGGCUCCUCAUGGAGCGGCGGCAUAACAGGGGCGAUGAAGACAACACUCAAGAAGGGCCUCAAUAUCAAUAACACACAAUUCGCCCUCCUCGAAGCCAGCGAGGACUUCAUGGUCACAGCACUCGUGCUUCUCAGCGGCGUGGUAACAGACCGAAUCGGCGGCGCAAGCGCAAUACUCUACGGAAACGUCAUCUAUACAGUUGGUUCCAUUCUCGUCGCGGCCGCAACAACAGUCCGCUCGUACAAAUUCAUGAUCUUCGGCCGAGUUGUGCUCGCACUUGGAGAUAUCGCCACUCAAAUCGCACAGUAUAAGAUCUUUUCUAGUUGGUUUCCUCCCAGUCAUGGGUUUGCUGCUACUCUUGGGCUUGAGUUGGGAAUUGGGAAGAUCGGCGGUUUCGUCGGCAAAUCAACAGCAAACAUCAUCGCCAAGAAAACCGGAGACUUCUCCUGGGUCUUCUGGACAGCGGUCUUCAUGAACCUCUUCACGAAUUUCAUGACAGUAAUCUUCUACUUCUUCACUCGCUACUGCAAGCGCACCUUCAAGAGCACUCCCGAUCCCGCCACUGGCGAAGAGCUAACUGAAAAGAACAAGAAGUUUGAAUUGGGGAAAGUGUUGGAGUUGCCGUGGGUGUUUUGGGGUGUGAUGGGGUUCAGUCUGUUUGAGACGAGUACCGCGAUUGUGUUUCAGCAGAAUGCAACCGAGUUGGCGCAGUUGCGGUUUGGCACGGAUGCGGUGACGGCCGGGUGGUAUACUAGUGUGUUGCAAUAUGCUGGGUUCUUUGUCGUACCUUGUGUUGGGAUUUUCAUUGAUCUGCUUGGCAAUCGCAUUACUCUCAUGGUGCUUUGCGGAGCUGGAGUCUUCCUUUCCAUGUGCCUCGUGAACUGGGCGACAACCACGAGAGGAACAGCAGCUGCUUUUGGAAUAUACGCUGUGGCAUAUUCCUUCGGCCCUACAACAAUCAUAGACAGCAUCCGCACCUCAUUAUGGCACUCAUCAGUCUUCGGCUCUGCAUACGCAUGCAAGAUAACCAUGAACAAUGCGCUUAAAGUCACGCCUGUCUACGUUGUGCUCUCCGUCCUCUCUUUUAUCGUAUCCCUCGCGAUGCUCACGCUCUUCCUACUCUCUAAGACAUCGACGGGUAAGAUAAGCUCGAUCUAUGUCGAUAUUGGCCGCUUGCAAUGGACAAGAAAACAGAGAUUGAUUAAAGGAGACUUGAUGAAUGAGAGGAAGCUUAUCGUUGGCGGUGGAGAGGAAGGUUACGGCGAGAAGGGAAGGGAGAUGAAGAGGCUGAGUAAGAUUUGCUUUGGGGCGUUGAUGUGCUUAGUCCUUGGAAGUUGGGUAGCAUAUUUCUGGGGGGUCGCGACUGGCAAUAAUGAGUGA